CAUCUACAAGCCUCAAUCUAUUUUUUAUUCAAUAUAAAUCAGAGUAGUUAUAAACAAAGUUAAAAGACUUUCCAUUUCCGCUCUCUUUUAAGGGUGGUACAGCCAAAUGUAACUUCAUUUUCUUCAUUUUUCAACUAUUAAGCCAAAUGCCAAGACCUGGUUGGCAAGGAUUGUCCUUGCUAGAGUCUAGCACUCUGCCAACAGAUCACACAACGGCUGGCUAAAUUUUUCACUCCAAGUCUAGAGGAGAAUAUAGGGAGCUUGGUUUUGGUUAGGAAGAUCAGAUCUUCAUGUGUUGGAUUGGCCUGUUUAUUGGUUUUAGAUAUUGAUGUUAAAACAAGUGAUAGUAUUUUGAAGAAGAAAUUUAAGUGUGAGAAUAGAGAUGGGUAAUACUUGUGUAGGACCAAGCAUUUCCAAAAAUGGAUUUUUCCAAUCGGUUUCUGCUGCAAUGUGGGGGUCCCGAUCACCUGAUGACUCAGUUUCUCACACUAAUGGGGAAACUGGGAGUCAGAUAGCAUCUAAAGAACCUGAAUCACCAUUACCAGUCCAAAACAAACCUCCAGAACAAAUGACAAUGCCCAAACCAGAGACCAAACAAGAGGUGGAACCAGAGACUAAACCAGAAACUAAACCUGAAAAAUCAACAAAACCCAAGUCCCCUCAUAUGAAGAGGGUGUCCAGUGCAGGACUUAGGACUGAGUCAGUGUUACAAACAAGGACUGGUAAUUUCAAGGAAUACUAUAGCCUGGGGAGAAAACUAGGACAAGGGCAAUUCGGGACGACUUUUCUUUGUGUGGAGAAGUCAACUGGAAAAGAGUAUGCUUGCAAAUCGAUUGCAAAGAGAAAAUUGUUAACUGAUGAGGACGUCGAGGAUGUGAGAAGGGAAAUUCAAAUAAUGCACCACUUGGCAGGGCAUCCAAAUGUUAUAUCAAUAAAAGGGGCUUAUGAGGAUGCAAUGGCAGUUCAUGUUGUUAUGGAAUUCUGUGCUGGUGGUGAGCUUUUUGAUAGAAUUAUUCAGCGUGGACAUUACACAGAAAGAAAGGCGGCUGAACUUACAAGGACUAUAGUUGGGGUUGUUGAAGCGUGCCAUUCUUUGGGGGUUAUGCAUAGAGACCUAAAACCUGAGAAUUUUCUCUUUGUCAAUCAGCAGGAGGAUUCGCUGCUCAAGACAAUUGAUUUUGGCUUAUCAAUAUUCUUUAAGCCAGGUGAAAGAUUUACAGAUGUGGUUGGUAGCCCAUACUAUGUUGCCCCAGAAGUCUUACGAAAGCGUUAUGGUCCAGAAGCAGAUGUAUGGAGUGCAGGAGUAAUUCUUUACAUUCUAUUAAGUGGAGUUCCUCCAUUUUGGGCUGAAAACGAGCAAGGUAUAUUUGAACAGGUCUUGCAUGGUGACCUUGAUUUUGAGUCAGAUCCUUGGCCUAGCAUCUCUGAAAGUGCAAAAGAUUUGGUGAGGAGAAUGCUCAUUCGAGAUCCCAGGAGACGGUUAACUGCACAUGAAGUUUUGUGCCACCCUUGGAUACAAAUUGAUGGUGUUGCUCCUGACAAGCCUCUUGAUUCUGCAGUUUUAAGCCGUUUGAAGCAAUUUUCUGCAAUGAAUAAGCUCAAGAAAAUGGCCCUUAGAGUAAUUGCAGAGAGCCUAUCUGAAGAAGAAAUAGCUGGCCUCAAAGAAAUGUUCAAGAUGAUAGACACUGACAACAGUGGUCAGAUCACCUUUGAAGAACUUAAAGCAGGACUGAAAAGAGUUGGAGCUAAUCUUAAGGAGUCCGAAAUUUAUGACCUUAUGCAAGCAGCUGAUGUUGAUAAUAGCGGCACGAUUGAUUAUGGGGAAUUUGUAGCUGCUACACUGCACCUAAACAAAAUUGAGAGAGAAGAUCAUUUAUUUGCUGCCUUUUCCUACUUUGAUAAGGAUGGUAGUGGUUAUAUUACUCCAGAUGAGCUGCAACAAGCUUGUGAGGAGUUUGGCAUAGAGGAUGUUCGCCUUGAAGAAAUGAUCCGAGAAGUUGAUCAGGACAAUGAUGGACUCAUAGAUUACAAUGAAUUUGUAGCCAUGAUGCAGAAAGGAAAUGUUGCCAGUGUUGGUAAAAAUGGCCUACAAAAUAGUUUUAGCAUGGGAUUUAGGGAAGCACUAAAACUUUAGUAUAGGCAACUGUUCAAGUUCUUGUUGCCUUUUUCCUUUUUAAGUUUUGAAGAAACUGAGAUUUGUAUAGCAAGGAGUGCUUGUUUUCAUUGUAAUUAGCAACCAGGUCAUUGCAAUGAGCGUUUGUCCAUUUUUCUUCUUUUUUUUGGCAAUUAAAAUUAGCUUCCAUCAUGUUGUUUACUUUACACUAAAGGAAUUUGUGUUUUCUUUUAUGUACUACACAUAUUAUGUUAUUUGAAUUCAGAGUUUAACUUGAUUGGUUUAUAUAGUUACUUUUAAGAGUAUUCAGCGGA